ACCCCAACAUUCACACGCUGAAAGUAACAAAGUGAACAAAUCUCAUCUCACUCACUACCUUUUUGAAGUGCAGAAACGUUACCAUAUCACUAAACUACACGAUAAAAAGUGAUUUAUAUAUUUUUAAAAAUUUCGUCUUUCAAAUAAGUGAUUUUGGAAAAAAUUAUUAAAAAUAAACUCCGAAUUUCUACAAUAUUUGGAUCGUUUUCAACUGAAUUCACAUAAUAAAUAAAAAUGGUGCAAAAACGAGCCAUCGGAAUCGACUUGGGUACCACGUACUCCUGCGUUGGUGUCUGGCAGAAUGGAAAAGUUGAGAUCAUCGCCAACGACCAGGGGAACAGGACGACGCCCUCAUACGUCGCCUUCAACGACACGGAACGACUGGUCGGAGACGCUGCCAAAAAUCAAGUCGCGAUGAACCCACAAAAUACCAUUUUCGACGCGAAACGUCUCAUCGGAAGAAAAUUUGACGACCAGAACGCCCAAGCGGACAUGAAGCAUUGGCCAUUCAAAGUGGUCAACAGCGGGGGCAAGCCGCAGUUUGAGGUGGAAUUCAAGGGGGAGAUGAAGCGCUUCAUGCCGGAAGAGAUCAGUUCCAUGGUUCUCACGAAGAUGAAGGAGACGGCGGAAGCUUAUCUUGGGACGAAGGUCACCGACGCUGUCGUCACUGUUCCAGCCUAUUUUAACGACUCGCAACGUCAAGCCACAAAAGAUGCCGGAGUCAUUGCGGGAUUGAACGUGCUUCGAAUUAUUAAUGAACCUACGGCUGCCGCGUUGGCGUAUGGCUUGGAUAAAAACUUGAAGGGGGAGCGAAACGUCCUCAUCUUUGACCUGGGUGGUGGAACUUUUGAUGUUUCGAUUCUGACGAUUGAUGAAGGGAGCUUGUUCGAAGUUAAAUCAACGAACGGAGACACCCAUUUGGGAGGUGAGGACUUUGACAACAGAAUGGUCACCCACUUCUGUGACGAGUUCAAGCGCAAAUUCAAAAAGGAUUUGAACACCAAUCCCCGAGCACUACGACGACUUCGAACCGCUUGCGAGAGGGCGAAAAGAACCCUUUCCUCAUCCACGGAGGCUUCCAUCGAAAUCGACUCGCUCCAAGACGGAAUUGAUUUUUACAGCAAGAUCUCCCGAGCCCGAUUUGAAGAACUUUGCAUGGACAUGUUCCGUGGCACCCUGGAACCAGUUUCAAAGGCACUGAAUGAUGCAAAAAUGGACAAAUCUCAAAUCCACGAUGUCGUCUUGGUCGGAGGAUCUACUAGGAUUCCCAAGAUCCAAAAAAUGCUCCAGGAUUUCUUCAACGGGAAAGAACUCAACAAGUCCAUCAACCCGGAUGAAGCUGUCGCUUACGGUGCCGCAGUCCAGGCCGCUAUUCUGUCUGGAGAUCAGAGUUCACAAAUCCAAGACGUUCUUUUGGUCGACGUAGCUCCACUCUCCCUCGGAAUUGAAACCGCUGGAGGAGUCAUGACCAAAAUCAUUGAGCGAAACUCCCGAAUUCCAUGCAAACAAGCCCAAACUUUCACCACCUACUCGGACAACCAGCCAGCCGUCUCGAUCCAAGUCUUUGAGGGUGAAAGGGCCAUGACGAAAGAUAACCAUCUCUUGGGCACCUUCAAUCUCGGCGGAAUUGCCCCAGCACCGCGUGGAGUUCCACAAAUCGAAGUCACAUUCGACAUUGACGCCAACGGGAUUAUGAACGUGUCCGCUGCGGACAAGGGGAGUGGAAAGACGGAAAAGAUCACCAUCAAGAAUGACAAGGGUCGUCUGUCCAAGGAAGAAAUCGACAGAAUGCUGUCAGACGCAGAAAAGUAUGCGCAAGAAGAUGCCAAACAGAAGGAGAAAGUCCAGGCCCGAAACCAACUGGAGAGCUACGUCUUUGGGGUCAAACAAGCCGUGGAGGAGGCGUCCGCUGAUAAACUUCCUGAAGCUGAUAAGAAGAAAGUUAUCGCGAAAUGCCAAGAAACCUUGAAAUGGUUGGAUAACAAUUUGCUAGCAGAGAAAGAAGAAUACGAGUUCAAGUUGAAGGAGGUGGAGACCGAGUGCAAACCGAUCAUGAUGAAGAUGCAUGGAGGCGAAGCUGGUGGUGCUCCUGGUGGUGGUCCACAGGGUCGAGGAGGACCUGGAGGACCAACGGUUGAAGAAGUGGAUUAAGGAUAAGCACUUAUCUUUCUCAUCAACCUCCAAACAAAAGACUGGCUAGUAUUUUAUAAUUUCUCAUUACUUAAUCUCUGAACUUACCACGUAAAAAAAUAGUCAUGCAAUAAGCACACUUACCAUAUAUUAGUGUGUAAGGAAUAAUAUGGGUUCAGUAUUUCUCGAUAAGCUAUUUAUUUAUUUUAAUGUACAAAAGCAAUAAAUUAGUCAAAUUGUACAAGUAUUAUUUCAAAUGAAUUUGUGAAAUUUUUCUGUUAGGAAAUUUCGAAUUAAAAAAAAA